AUAAUUGGGUCGCCUUAUUGGAUUAUAAUAUUGGAUGAAGAGAAGCCUAAAAUGUUAUUUCAGAUCUAAAGUCUUUAACAUAGGGUUAUUACUUAGGGUAAUUUUCAUUGAUUUUGUUUUGGUUAGGCCCUGCUGCCAUGGUGUCAGGUGUUAUCCAUCUCAUAAUAAGCCUUUACUAUCGUAGGCCUAUUUUAAUAAAAGCCUAAGCCCUAGCCUGUCGAAAUUAAAACUUAUAAUUAGACUACUUGAGACCUUUUCAUAACCUGAUCAUAAUGUAACAAACCAAAACACUUUAACCACAGGGCCUAGUCAAUAACCAUUUUCAGACAAUUAAAUGCCUAAUAGGCUAGACAGAAAGAAAGAAAAAAAACAAUGCUGAACCUCAUCUCUAGAUGGCACUGCGUAGUGAGAAUUAGUAGCGCGGCUAGAAAUCUGAUAGACAGAUUCUUCACACUUCGCAUAUCUCUAAAAAAGGCGUAGACGAUGAUCUGACAUCAAUAAGUGACCAUGUAGACCUAGGCUACUACAGUAGUCUCAUAGAUAUAGGCCUACGGUAGGCCUAAGAUAGCAUUACUUAUAGGAGUGUGGAUUAAAUAGCCUACAUUAACUGUGAGGGUCACCUGAUGGAUGGACUACCUGAGAAAAUCUCUUGCAACCACGAGAUGCAAGCAAGCCCAUAGAUUUUACCAUAGGCUGAACGACUUGUUUUUCAUAGCCUAGCCUAUAUUUUAGCUAUUCGUCAUAUGUGCUAUUUUGGAGAAACUGAGGAGUGAUUGAUGGAAUCCAAUGGAUCAGGCGUUGUGGUGUACAUGUCUUAUACUUGCGAUGAUUUGUAACGGCUGGUGCAAAGGUUUUGAUUUUAUGGACUUUACACCGAUUAAAUUUAAAUUGUAUCCACAAGAUCAUCAACAUAUUGUGGUAAACUGGACAGUAGACAGCGCACUUGAAAAUGUUACUUAUGAAAUCCAAGUGGCCCGCACAGAGAACUUCAACCUAAUUGAAAGUGUAAACAUAAGCACUAAAUCACAAAACUCUGAAGAACCAUUCCAAACUUGGACAUGGACAUCGAAAUUGCCUUUACAGUGCACUGAUCACUCUGUGAGGAUGAGACUUAUCUACAACUACAACUCUACUUUUGUAGAUUCCUGGAGCCAGUGGAAAACUCAUACAGAUGAAGGUGCUCAUGAUGUCUGGGAUGAGCCGCAGAUAUUUCCAUCUGAAGAGGUUUUCCAGGAGAGAUCUGAAGUAUACUUCUGUUGUGUGGCACCAAGGGAUGCCCAAGUCACCAGCAUAACCUUCAACAGAACACGAUACCCCCUCAUCAGCAUCAGUAGCCAGGUCAAAGCCAUCGCAGUGGACAAUCUUAAUAUCACCUCUGAACUGGGGGUCAGCUUAGUUUGUCUUGACUCCAAAGGCGAUGAGGGCAUCACUUCAAACUUUGUCACUUUCCCUCCACAGAAGCCCAGAAAUGUGAGCUGUGAGACGGAGGAUUUGAAAGUCUGGAGCUGUAGAUGGGAUCCUGGAAGACCGCCUAACUUGCACAAGCGCCACGUGCACCACUAUGCUCUGCUUGUAGAGAACUCAGGCCAUGAUCUCAUCAGGUGUGACAUGUCUUCAUGUAGCUUUCUGGCUGUCUCACACCUGAGUGAGUAUUAUGUCACUGUGGUGGUAACAAGCAGUCUAGGGCAAGAAAUGGAGAGCAUCAAGUUCCAUGCACUGGACAGAGUUUUUCCAGUUGCCAAGAGUUUGUCUGUGAUUCCUGACGUGCAUCAAGCGAAUGUCUCUUGGACUAUAGAAGGGAACUUUACAAAGAUUCCAAUGAUUUGUCAAGUCCAAAUUAUUCCUGAGGGAAAUGUCUUGACCAUUGAACAGACUGGAGGUUUAGCGCUACACUUUUCUUGUCAACUGGAAAACUUAAAACCCAGCACUCAGUACUCUGUGAAGGUACAAUGUGCAGUUUCUGGGAGAAGAUGGAGGAAGUGGGCUGGCCCACUAUUCUUUAACACACAUCCCCUGGUUCUUUUGGACAUCUGGAGGAGUAUACAAGCCCUUCCAAGUGGUCGCCGUGUCAUUUUAACAUGGAGGACAUAUACCAGUGACAUGCAGCUUGAUGUCAAGUCAUAUGAAAUUCGACUGCAGCAGGAGAACAGCCUGGGAACGUUGUGGACUAACACAACGAGUGUUAACCCACAAGUUAAUCAGACUGAGUUCUUCAUCGAUGAGCAAGGGUGUAACAUUUCUGUCUAUGCCAACAUCACAGCUGGAAUCUCUGUUGCAUCUCAUAUUUUCAUCCCUCCUGCAAAACACUCUGAAAAUGCUGUUAUCCCAAAAAGGGUGGUUGGCAGUGUCAGAACUGGGUUUAUGCUGUCAUGGACAGAAGAUCCUAGUGCUGUAUGCGGGUACACAGUAGAGUGGUGUCACAAUGGGAGUGGUGUACUGCCUUGCACCCCUAGCAACCUUCGAUGGCAAACAGUGCGCAGAAGUAACACAUCCUUAUCACUCAAAGCAGGAGCUUUUAUGGGCGGCUGCAGAUAUACAUUCAAUGUGUUAAGGUGCAGAGAGGAUGGACAUCACCUGAUUGAGACACACAUUGGCUACUUACAGGAACAGACACCCACACAGUUCGUACAAAUUCAGAAUUAUCCAGUGGUGACAUCUUCCUCUGCCACAAUUGAAUGGAGUUUUCCGGAAGAUGAUCCCCGGCACCCCGGUUUCAUCUCAGGCUACCUUGUGACUUUUCAGAAUGGCCACUGGAGUGACCAGAAUCAUAAUUCCUACAACCUUUCAAUAGACAACCCACACAGGAAAUCCAUCACAGUCAACAGUCUGUGGGAGAGCAGAGAGUACAGCUUCUGCGUCCAGCCAUGUACGUCAGCAGGCCCUGGCCCCUCUACGUGCCGCACAUUCAGAACCUCCCCUGACUACACUCACUUUUGGGUGAAGAUUUUAAUCCCGGUGAUAUUCCUUUUUGGUUGCUGCAUUCUUCUUUGGCCAUAUUGGAAAAGACUGAGGAGUACAGUUGUGGAGAUUUUCACGCAUCCAACCAAGGUGAACGUGAACGUAUUACAGCUGGACAGCUCUCUUUACGAGACGAGCGAGAGGAUUCGAGCCCUGACUGUGGAAGACUGUUUGUGCUGUGACCUUGAGAUCAUAGAGGUCAAGCCUGGCGUGGCAGAGUGCAAGUGUCUGGUCUAUCCCAACGAGGCCAGUUGUUCUUUCGCCCCGUUGACGGCCUGCUGCUGCACAGAGCUGACCGACGACGUGUGGGGCGAUCCCGUUAGUGAGAGGGGCGUGAGUGUGUGCAAUUUCACAUACUCGCCGACCUUCACAGAGGUGUCGUUUUGUCGGUCAUCGUUCAGCUCAGAUGGUCUCACAGAGGGACAGCCUGUCCAACCACACGACACAUGCACCACAGACUAUGUUGUGUCUGCAGAAGAUCAGGAUGCCACGGGCCCAAUUGUAUUUUCAACGUAAUUAAAACUACUUUUUGUGAAGUAAUACUGAGUGGACAAUGGUGCAAUAUUAUAGUCACUUUUAUCCACUCAUUCAUCACCUCUCGUCUGGACUAUUGCAAUGGUGUCCUGUCUGGUCUGCCCAGCAAGGUCCUUGACAGGCUAUGUCCAGAACUCAGCUGCCAGGGUCUUAACAAGCACAAAAACCCUGGCAGCAUAUCACCCCCCAUCCUCAUACAGCUUCACUGACUAAAAUCCUCCUCACCUAGAAAUCUCUCUACACCAGUAUCUUACGGGUUCCUCACGGUCCCUGUGGUCCUCUGACAAGGAUCAGCAUGCCAUUCCCCGCACCAGACUCCAGACCUUUGGGGACAGAGCCUUCUGUGCUGCUGCCCCCAGUCUAUGGAACAAGCUACCCCGCCAUAUACACACUGCCCCCUCCCUAGGUGUGUUCAAAAAAACACCUGUUCUUUGAGGCCUUUGGCCUCUGACCCCCCCAUUCCCUACCCAUCCCUUUAUUUGUCAAGAGACCUUGGGUAUCCUAAAAGGCGCUAUAUAUUUAAACUAUUAUUAUUACUACUAUUACUACAUAUACUCAAGACCAGUUUUUUUGGAAAUAAUUCAAACCAUUCGCCAUUGUCUUUUUUCCUUUUUUAAUAAUAUAUCCCUUUGAUUGUAUGUUUGUCAAGGUCAACAGCACCUAAAACAUACUGUACACAUUAUACAAGGGAGUCACAAAUUCGGCCAAAAAGGAAAAAUGGGGAAAAACCCAAAACAAGAAAAAAGUAUUUUAAAUUAUACUUGCAAUAUUAUCUUAAGGAAAAAUAUAAAUAUUCUGUCUUUUCUGGUCUCUUUCUCGCUCGCUCUCUCAUUCACUCACCUCUGGUACACAUACACAACAUUGAUCAACUCAGUCAAAAGAUUUAAGUGAUCCGCAAGUAAUCUCUACAAAUCCAGACAAGUAGCAGCAUAUUAAACAAAAACAAUGACAAGAAACAGGGCGGAGGGAGGGAGGGAGGAAGGAAGUUCAAUUGCCCCCCACAAACUCCACCCUAGGCAUCUUACUUGUACUCUUACACAAUUAUUUCCACCUUUCAUGAAAUACGAUACGCUAAUGUUGAAAUCUGGGGAAAAGCGGAUUUAGACGUGUACGGUUGACAUAGAGCAAUGGAUAACAGUGAGUGUAGUUUGUCAUGCAUGUUCCUUGAAAAGCUUAGUAUACAAUGCUGAUAGUAUGCUGUAUGAAAGAUGCUGCAAGGAGAAAUGUAUUGUAUGUCUGUUGUAGUCUGCACAUCUACUAACAUUACAACUCUUUAUGUUACCAGUGCUUUAAAGAUUUACUUAAUCAUAAAUAAAAGAUCUGACAAAUUCUGGAUAUAGAAUGGUUCUUCAGAAAGUACACAACCGACCUUGUUGAUUAAUAAAGUGACCAGGCAUAAAAGGA